AUGAUUGUUAUGAAACCUCAUAUCAACAAAGCUGUCUCUUCAUUAAUGGAUCAACAUCCAUCAAUGGAUAAAACAACUAAUGUAAAAAUGCGUUCAAAUUCAUAUAAUGGUCAAUCUGAAUCAGGAGAAAAAUAUUUUAAUUGGGUUAGAAAAACACAGCGUCCUAUGGAAUUUUUACGAGGCAAACGUCGUUGGAUUUCCGCACAGAAAAGUAAAAGGGAGGCAAAUGCUUAUUUAAUGCCUAAUAUAAAAACACGAAAAAGUAUAUUAAUACAACGACUAUGA